AGCACCACUUAGAUCCUCCGUCGCCAGAAGUUUUGAAGAAUUUGGAGGAGCAAUGGGAGCUCCAUAGCCAUUCAAAAAAUUGGUGGCCUCUGUACACUCCUCCUUCUUUGAUUCUGAUUCUGCUUCUUCUUUUUCUUUUGUUCGUGUUUUUAAUUCGUUUUGACUCUUCUACUUUCACUUCUCUUCGCAUGUGAUAAUCCAAACCCGAUUAAGGUGGUGUUUACUUGGUUAGACAUUGUGGUUGAUUCUUUUUAAAGACGUAAUAUGAUGGUUCAACUAUGCUGAUGGUGCAUGCUCUGGGAGCUGUUGGCACUUGCCAGGCAUACUCGGACACAAUUACUCUGCACAAGGCCUCUUCCUGCAAUAUAAUCCAUGUUAAUCCCUUGCUCAAUUGUAUAGCUUCUCCUGGUCAUUCAAAGAGCCUUCCUAGUGUAGGAUUACUUUGUUCUUCUAUCUCUGGGAAAGGAUGUUCUUUACUUAAGAGCUAUCACCUAUCACACCAAGUGGCUUCAAAGAAAUGGUUGUGUCAAUUACAUGAUUCCAUUACCUCAGAUGAUGAGUAUCGCUCAUCACGUAAUAUAGCAAUCAGCUUGUUUAGGCGAUACAAGAACUUUGUCGACCGUGGAGGAGGUGACAACUUAAAAGAGUUUAUCAGUGCUGGGGUGAAUGCAUACGCUCUUGGUUGCACUGACGAAGGGUUGAGGAAAGAACUUACUGAUAUGAGGGAGUGUGGUGUUGAAAUUGAAGUCAUGCAAAGUUAUGGUGGAAACACUAGUCUGAAAUCCAAGAUCUUCUCCGAGGAGGUUGAUGAGUGUAUUUUGUGGUUGAGCAUUAUAUUCAUUACAAUCUUGUGCACACCACAACCAACCAUAGUCAGAUGGUCAUCCACACCUCCAGUGUCAGAUGAAAUAAUGCUUCAGUGGAAAGGCUUUUGUGCUCUAAUUGCAAAUGCAUAUUAUAUAAGAGGAAUGGCAUGGCUUCCUGUGAAGACUCUUCAGCUAGAGCAACUGGCAGUAGUUGGACGUGCUGAGGAGCCAUCAGUAGUUGCUAGCCGAAUGCGAUUAGUAUUCAGCACACUAGAGGUAGUGAGUCCACAGUGGCCAAGAGUCUAGUUCAAUGCUUUAAUCUGGAGAAAAUAAUGAAUUUGAACUCUUUUUAAAACAAGAAGCAUCUUUUUGUGGAAGAAUUUUCUACGAUAACAAGAAUAGGCAGUUGACUCUGCACUGGAACCACCUCAGACUUCACUGGGAUUAGCAGUGGCUCAACUUGGCCCUUACAUAUUUUUAUUUUUUAUUUUUUGAAAAAAGAAAAAAAGGUGAAGCACUGAAACCUGCCCAACUAGGACUCAAAUUUGGAACUUGGCUUAUGAUGCGGCUCUGGCAAGGUAUCACCAGUAGGGCUGUAAAUGAGUCGAGCAAAGCUUUGGCCAGCUUGAAUUCGGCUGGAACUCGAGCUUAAAGUUUGUUGUUCAAGUUCAAUUAAAUGCCAGUAGGGCUGUAAAUGAGUCAAGCAAAGCUUUGGCCAGCUUGAAUUCGGCUGGAACUCAACUUGAGCUUAAAGUUUGUUGUUCAAGUUCAAUUAAUUUUGCAUAUAUAUAGCUCUAGUUUGGCUUGACUUCAACUCGACUAAAGUUUAUGUCACUUUAAUAAAGUAUCUAGCUCAAGUGUACCUUGAAAGCUUGAGCUCAAGUUCAAACUUA